AUGCGUGCCUUCACCGUCGCUGCUGCUCUUCUCGUCGCUGGAGCCCAGGCUGCUCCUGCUCUUGAGAGCCGCCAGGUUAUUUACGGAUGUUACUUCUCCGGUGAGGGUAUCAACAACCAGUACGUCAGCGUCGGCCACGACAUUGAUGUUACCGAUGCCAACGGUAACACCCGCAACCUUGACUGCGGCACGACUUCCAGCAGCUUGUUCCCAACGUCUUCGCCAAGUGCACACGCUAUCAACUGCCCCGUUUCUAAGAGCAAGGCGGACUGCUAG